UGUUUGUGUGACUUUUUUGGAACUUACAGUGAUCAUGAUUUUCUUGAUCUUUGUUUUUCUCCUGGAUGCAUUUUGUUCUGUGUCUGCAAAAGGUGAGAACAAAACUGCUGUGAUCGGAGAUGAGGUCAUUCUGCCAUGUAGUGUUGAGGAAUUUAUGCCUCUGGAAGUGAUGGAGUGGAGCAGAGCUGGAACACAUCCAGAAUAUGUUCUAAUUUUCAAAAAUCAAAGCUCAGAUGUAGAUAUCCCAGUACAACGCUAUGAGGGCCGAGUAGAGCUGAUGGACAAAAAGAAAGGAAACAUGUCUCUGGUUCUGAAGAACGUGACGGCUGAGGAUGGAGGAACAUAUAAGUGUUAUGUUAUGAGAGAAACAGGCCGCAGGAAGAGAGCCAACCUUGAAGCUGUCAACACAGUCUACCUGAAUGUUCAUCCUCGUCCUCCUCCAGAGAAUAAACAUACACAAAGGGAGGAAGGAGAGAACAGGGAUGGAGGAAACAAGGAUGAAGAGGAAACACUUGGAAACAGUCGAGGACAUGUUGCAUCUAUUGUAGCUGCCUUUGUUGCAAUGGCUGUUAUAGUUUCAGUGAUGGUUGAUGCUGCGAUUAGAUGGAAGAAGAUCAAGAAUUAUAGACAUUCUCCUCAGGAUGAAAAAGAAACACCUCAGAUUGCCUGACUUAAAGUUUCACUCUUUCAUUGUUUGUGGUUCCCCACUAUACCAAACA